AUGAAGAAGAAGAAGAAGAAGAAGAGGAAGCACAAAAACAGAUAUAAUACUUCAUUUAAAAAGAGAGAGAGAGAGAAGAGAGGCGAAUCGUGGUGGUGUUGCGUGGCGUUGGUGACGACCAACGUUCUCAUCUGCGCCUCUCGAGGAGUUGGCGAGAUGGCGUAUCAUCAUCAGUAUCAUGAUCGAAUCGAGAGAAGAAACGACGACUCUUCGACAUCCUCUUCUUUGAAUUUACUCGUUUUGAACGAUAGGGGAUGUUCGUUUUCUCAAGAUGUAUACGCUCUUCUGCCGAACGUCGAGGGUCAAAUCAGAGCGGCAUCGAUACAGAGUAGUAGCUCGAGAGCCGAAGAGUUUGACGAUAGGACGUUUAAAUGCGUAUUCCCUCUCAGAGAUGGAGGAACUUCCAUUUGUACGCUCAUUCAUAAAAAGUUCAAGCCGAUGGAAACGCAAGAGGUUCAAAGCGUGUGUAAAUAUAUAAAUAUAUAUCGCGUGGAUGCUAUCGUGCUGUUGGUCAAAUCCAACCGGGACUUGGACUCUUUCCUUCACCUGAUGCAAAGAGCUGAACAACCGGUACCAUCUAUUAUUGUCGGCGCGUUGAGCACACAAGCUAAAACGGAACUUAAGAGGCGCACAAUAGGUGAUGUUGAAAAGUAUAAGGAUGUUUUCAUGCUCGUUGAUGCUUCGUCGUCUGCUAACAUUGAGAGCACUUUCAUAAAGCGCUUCUUUUCACGUAGAGAGAUUAUGCGCGCGAAGAACUUUCCCAAUCGACGAGUAGAACAAGCGAAGCAGCGGCAGCAGCAACAACGGUUGCGAAAAAGCGCAGAGCGCCAAUCCUCGUUUCUCGCUCGAAUUUUCUUUGGCGCGACUGAUCGAAAUAGCAGUAGAACUAUUAGUAGCGGUCGACCAACUGGUUUGAUGGCGGCAGCACCUCAAAAGGCAAAGAAAAAUGCCGUCGCUGGAGGUCCAACACCUACUACUACUAAGCGACUGAUGAGACUCGAAUCGAUUCAAAGUCUCGCGAUGGCAUUUGUCCUCGUUUUGGGACUUGGUUUUAUUAUAAUAGAAACGCGCUUGCCGGAUGCAAAUAGCAUAGCUUCAUCUUCGCCUCGAAGAGCUGCGUCUUCAUCGAAGUCGUCCUCGUUAGAGGCGGCACACAAAACGUAUCCUGGGUUUGGUUUGGUUGACGUGAGCGAAGAGAGCGAGCUUUCGCUCGAAGUGCACGAGAUUUUUCCGGAAACAACAUCUGUAGUGCUCGAUUCGAACGCAUUUCCACCGAGUGAUGAUCAUAGCGACGAUAAUAGAUAUAGCUUAGCUCGAUUCGUUGUUUCCGAUGCGCUCGCACCAAGAAACGAAAAGAAAUCAGAACAUUGUGCACCGAUUAUUCGCACGACGCCGACGAAUGGGGGCGCUAUUUAUCAGACACUAGAUGGAAAGACUCCGUCGGGUCCGCCUUUGAUAUCCGCUGGUGCCUUAAUCGCGCACCCUGAUCGGAUAUUCAUAUAUGCGCCGCCUCGCGCGUCGAAGAAGCAAAGACAUAUUUCAUCAGUUGAAUCGAUGACGCUUGAACUUCCGUGUGCACGCGAGGCUUCGUCGCGUAUUUUGAAGUUCCUCGUGAGAGGACGUUCUGUUAAAAAAUCGAAACGCGAUUCUCCAUUCUUCGAGACGCGAAUUCAAACCAUAACUUCUGGAGCAAGUGUGAGAACGAUUCGAAACGUGAGGUUUUCCUCGAAAAGCGAAAACGCUUUGGAAACGCAGUGCAAAAAUAGUCGGUGUACUAUAACGGUCGGAGCGCUUCGGGGAGGUACAAUUAGUUUUAGCGCGAGUUCGAUUGAAAGAGCGUCGAAUAGUUACGGAAGCGUUGUAACUUUUGCAUCGGAUGGUAGCGCGAAAGCUACAACUGGAUCUUUAGAAGCGCUCAAAGAACUUCUCUCGAAUUUAGAAUAUGCAAAAGCGCCAAAUACGCGUAAGAGUGAAGAUGUUGUUUCGAUUACGUUGACAUACGACGAGGACGGGAAAACGCCAACCGCGGCGCGCGCUGAGCAAGCACGCGUACUCGUGCACGUCCGAGCAGCGUGUACUGCAAGAACGGCAAAGGUUUCUGGCAAUGGAGUAGCAAAAACGGGAAACACUCCGGGGAAGCUGGCAACGAUUGAUGUCUUUUGCAAAGACGGGCUUGGUCAGGAAUUAAAAGGCGCGGCGCUUCGAGGCGGUGAUGGUAGCCAAGAGCUUACGCUUGAAGUGACUCACGGGUCAGACGUCACGCAGCGAAUGAAGUUCGGAGUCGCGCCUGAUGCGUCGUGUUACCGCGCGCAAUUCGUUCGACCGGCGAGUGACUAUGAAGUUACCGUCAUCAUCGACGGCGCGAAAACUCCAAAUUCGCCGCAGUAUGUCGCCAUUGAUGAAACGAAGACUUCGGAUGUUAUAGAGAAAGCGAGCGAAAACGAAAAAAAGAAAGUAACAGCGUCUAAUCAGCGUCCAAUCAUUCCUGCGCGUCAUUCCGAAGACAUUCAAGAAGCACUUCAGCACAUUGCGUCAAAAGAACACGGCGGUAGUAAAUGGAAGGCGGCAAACAGAGCUAGAAAUUGGCGCCCGACGCAGCUUGACGUUAUAGAGGAAAAUGCAGACGACAAUAGGGAAGAGGAGAAGAAUAAGAGAGAUUACGAGGAAGACGACGCGCGUGAAGAGAAACUUGCGAGCGGCUUGAAAUCGUUUCUUGAGAGAAGGAACGUCAUCAAAGCCGAAUCCGAGAGGACGAAGAUGGAGGAUACGAUAAAGAAAGCCAAGAUUCCUGAAGGUGAGAGUAAGUUCAUGAAAUUGAAAGGUCGCGCCCCGAUAGCUUCGGACAUGAUCGUCAUCGAAACCGAAGAGCCGACCGAUUUCCACUCGCUUCCGCGAAUUCCCGAGUGGAAUGAAGAAACGAUCCCGCGCCCGGAGAAUCCGGUGCAAGAAGGCGACGACGGAGGAUUUCAACACGGGGAUGGUGAAUACGUGCACUUGCACGAAAAUUUAAGCUAUGAGGACGGCAGUGCGAGCAACGGAGAUCUCUCGAGCUCUUCUUUACGAAUGAAGCAGGCAUUCAAGGCGUCCCUCAAGUUAGAUUCAAGCGACGGUGUAUUUAAAUUCGACAGAUUGCAAAUAGAACAAGUUCGAAGACGGGAAAGCGGGCAUAAACAUUUAGAUGGACACAGCUGA